CGAAGGGCGACGCUGCGCUGAGGAGUGCUGCAGCUAUAGAGUGGUGGGUUCGCUGAGCGAAGAAAUUGAGUUGCGUUAGUUUUCUUUCGAUGGCGAGUGAGGGUGUGCGUCUGAAUGACUUCCCGUCCGAUGUGACGGCGUGGCUGCUGUCGUUCCUCUGCAAUAUCGACCUGGGAUACGCCUGCAGAGUCUGCAGGUCCCUUCCCCGAGAAAACACACAGCGCACAGAGGCCAUGGGAGUGACGUGACUGUCUUGUUGGUUUGUUUGUUUGCAGGGCGUGGUGCCGCGAUGCCGCCCUCGUCUUCCGAGGCAAAACCAAACUCGACCUGCGAUGUGAGCCAGCUAAGGGAGGAGGGCGUGGGGUGGGAACGACUUGUCACUGUUUGGUUUGUGUGCGUGUGGGGUGUGUCUGUGUGUCCGUGUGUCCGUAUGUGUGGUGUCUUAUGCAGCGCGGGUCAUGCCGAGGGACCUGGAGCUCGGUAAACUGCUCGACAGAUGGUCAGAAUGACGAACGAGGUCUAUCGCGCGUGACUCUUGCCAAGGAAGCUAUGUCUGUUUGUGUGCAGUCCUCGCGCCAGUGACAUAGAGGUAGACUGCAACCGUGCGACAGAGCUGGGCGCGAUGUGUCUUGACCGGCCGGCCGUCCGCCGCCUCACGCUCGCGGGGCUGGACCACCAGAGGGACACCUUCCUCUCAGGUACAAAUGAACGCCGCACACGAACGAACUUGAUAAUAGGCCAGCUGAGCUAUAUGUGUGGGUCCCUGUUGGGCGUUGGGUGUGUGGUGUGAUGUGGGCAAUCCAGCCCUGUCUGUGUGCGGGGGGCACCUGACGUACCUCUCGAUGACGUACUUUGGGGACCACUUCACGAGAAAGUCAGUGCGUGAGCCGAGAGAGCCCUACACCCAUUGCACUGCCAGCCAGGCUUGCGUGCCGCGUGUCGUGUCGUGGGGUGGGCUCGGCGGUUCGGCCUGCCGCCCGUCCGUCCAGCACUGUCAAGGUGGCCCGAGACCGAUCUUGUUGCCAUGCCAUCGACGUCUGUUUUAUAUGGCCGGCCGGAUAAUGGCGUGGCGCGUCGGGCUGGGUCGGGUCGGGCGGGGCCCUGUCUUCUGGUGUGGCAGGUAAUGCCUGACUGACUGACUCGGGGACAGAGCGGUAACUGUUCACCGACCUUAAGAGGGAGGCAUAAGGAGGGCGCCGUGACAACACAUGUCAGGUCACACACACACACUAUUAUCUCUAUUUACGACACACGACACAAUGGCUGCCUGCCUGCGAUGGAUGGAUGGAUGGAUGGAUCCCUGCAUAGAUAAUCUCCUUCUUCACAACAACUUAAUUGACCUUCUUCUCUGGGGGCGGUGGUCCUCCCUCUUGUGUCUGUGUAUAUGUCAGGUCGUUGUCUCGGCUGGGUGAGUCGCUGACGCGUCUCGAGUCGCUGUCCGUUGAGUUCGGCUUCAAGGCACCCUCCACAGCCAUCGUCACAGCCGCCGUCAAAACAGCAUACCCCACACUCAGACAGUGAGCGGCAUGGCCGACACACUGACUGGCGGACGGACGGACGGACGGACAGACCAAUCUAUCUAUCCCUGUUUGUUUGUUUGUCUUGCGUGUCUGUCAGGUUGACGGUGACGGACAUCGACCGCCCGUGUCUGCAGCUGAUCGCCUCUCACCUGUCGCGUGCACUUGAGGGGCUAUCAUACACGCGGACAUCACUCAACGGCAUGCCCAUCGACGAUGAGCUCCUCCAGGUACAACAAACACGCAACACUGCCACAACCACCGCCCCUCUCUCUCUCCCUCUCCCUGUGUGUGUCAGUAUAUUGCUCUCCGUUUCCGCAACUUGAGCACGUUGAAGCUCAUCGACAACGUACAGCCGACAGUGCUCAUCGAGGCGCACCAGGCUGCGGCAGACAAUGCCGAGCAGGGUGCUUGUGAAGGGAGCGGUGUGGGCGGUGGGGCGGCUGGCAGCGCGGGCAGCAGCCGUCGAGGCAGACGGCGGCAGGCCGCAGCCAGACGGGCGGCGGCGUGCGCGGCCAAUGGGGGAAACCCGGCUAAUGCCAGGCGGCAUUUCAAUGUGAGACACACACAUACCAUAUAUGUCAUGGGGGAAGGAAGGGGGACACAGGAACGGAUAGAUGUGAUGUGUCUUGUCUGUCUGUCUGUCUGUCUGUCUGUGUGUGUCAGUUCCCUCCGUUGGUGACCGCCGGCGGUCUGUCUCACCUGAAGCGUCUGUUCGGGAAGCUGCGGGUGCUGCAUCUGUGCAGGGGAUUCUCGCUCCCCUUCACACACACCACCGACGUCGACCUCAUGCAAACCUUUGCUGGCCUCCCAAGCAGCAUGGAAGAGCUGCAGCUGGACGGGUGGGUAGGGUAUCUCAUGGAAUCAUAUCGUCAAUCAACAAGCCAAACCACCACACCGUUGGCUGUGUGUGUGAUGUGUUCGUUCAGCUUCACCAAUUUGAGCGAUGCCUGUCUGCAUGAGGCCCUCUUCACAUCAGCGGCGCCCCCACGCUCAUCGCGUCCCUCAGUCACACCCAGAGGCAGCCAGCCACCAAUCCCCAUCUCGAUAACCACCACCACCACCACUACCACCAGCAGCUCAAGUGCGGCAGCAUCGGGGUCGUCUGGUCGGCUACGUGUAGCGGCUGUCGGCAGCGGCCCUGCUGCCGGUCUGCGGCGUCUGUCGUUAGAGAACACUGCUGUGAGUGAUGUGGCGCUCUUCUCCAUCUCUACUAUACUGGUAUCUAUCACCCACCACAUGGCAGGCACAGCGACUCACUCAACUGGGGGAGAGGGGUAGGAUAGGAUGCAUCUAUCUCUUAUCUGUUUGUUUGUUUGUGUGUGCGUGUGUAGGGAAGUCAGCUGGAGUGGCUGUCGCUGAAGCGUUGCAAGGGCGUCAGCGAGGCGGGGCUCGCUACACUCGCUGAGCACUGCCCCGUAGGAACAAACAACACCUGACCUGAUGCACUCCCAGGACAAUGGAACGAACAAGUACGUGUGUGUGUGUGUGUGUGGCCAUGCAGGAGUUGGUGUCGUUGAAUCUGGGUUCGUGUUCUGGUGUGAAUGACAUGAGUGUGGUGGGGCUGUUUGACAGCUGCCGCAAGAUCACCAGCCUCGUGCUCAACGACGCCAAGUAAGUGUAAAGAUCACAUCACACACACUCAGACACACAAAUGAGUUCUUCCAUCCAUCCAUCCAUCUACAGGACAUCUCAUCGUAUGUGUGUGUGUAGGAUAACGGACAGGAGUCUGCGUGCCGUCGGGGAGUAUUUGGGCGACUCGCUCACAGAGCUGGCACUCCACAGAUGUGACAACAUCACCAACGCAGGUAACUAACAUCACCCCCUUCUCACACACACACACACACAAAUGGUCCCCCCGCCGAGUUGUGUGUGUCAAAUAUAAUUCAGGUUUGGAUGCGUUGAGCCGCGGCUGUCCGCAGUUGGUGCUGCUGUCGCUGAGUAUGUGCAACCACAUCAGCGACUACGGCAUCAAACAAAUCGCACAGCGCUGCACCUUCCUUCAGAAACUCAGACUCGACGGCACCCGAAUCGUGAGCACACAAGAGGGUGUGGUGUCUGUGAAACGAAUGUCCGUCGCUGUUGUGUUGUUGUGUGUGUGUUGCAGUCGAAUUCUGCGGUCCGGAGCUGUUGCGAGCAUCUCAAGAGGCUCCGGCAGCUGCACCUGCACAAGUGAGCAAGAGAGACUCUUUCCCAACACCUCCCCCUGUCUCUCCAUCCCUCUAUGUGUGUGUGUGUGUAUGCCUUGCCUGUGCUGUGCAGGUGUUGGAGUGUGAGCGGUGCUGUGCUGGUAGAGUUCACCGACGACAGGCUGCCCUUCCUCAAAGUGGUCGAAAUCCUCAGACACAAAGUUGAGGAAACCCAAAUACAUAACUUCACGUACGCAGCACAGCACAGCAACACACACACAACGUUGCUUGACACUUCCGCACAAGCCAGCCAUGGCGUAACACACCGCAUCACCGAUCAUCAUGUGUGUGGUGUUGGUUGCGUGCAGGCGUCAGAUGCGGCCAGAGGUUGCUUUGGUGCUGCAUGACGCCUACCAGGGCUGGUCCAAGAUCGCCAUGGGCGCCAAGGGAUCCGCCAGCUCAGCGAGCAGUUCAGCCAGCAGCAGCUCGGCGGCGGGUUAGUGUGGGGUGUUUUCUUGUAGUAGGCGUCCGUACGAUUGAGGGACACACACAUACACACAUGCACACACACACACACGUCUAGCCAGCCAUCUGUCUGUCGACCCGCUUUGUCUCCUGCUCACUGUUGUCGUAUGUAUCUGGUGUGGUUGAUUACACACACACAGAGUGGUUGGGUUGAUUGAGUGUGAGUGUAUUGUAGAAGCCGUUCCGUAGCCCGACUUGCUUCCUUACCCAUCCAUGUUGUGUUGCCCACCCCCUCAUCCAUCCCAUCCAUCUUCCGUGUGUAGUCGUCGGAUGGAUGCUACUUGAAAGAGUAGCUACCCAGCCAGCCAGCCAGCCAGUGUGUGUACCAUAGAAUGACCGCCUUGCUUGGUUGUUAAGACAAUGCAUGCCACGGUGCCUGCCUGUAUGUGCUGUCGUGUGCACCUUUGAAGCUCCGUUCAAUUAUC